AUGGCAUCUGGAGCUAGCCACCUUCUCGCUCUCACCUCUUUGAUCACUGCUUCUGUUCAAGAAAUUGUCUCUGCAUAUCCGGAUAUCCCACAUCCUGAUUCUACCUCCUUUGGCAUAUAUGAUAUUCCUGAAAACAUUCCCCCGGAGCUCACUAGGGCUAUACAACGCGUUGAGGCAGCGUGUGCACAAUUGAGUUGUGCCAUCGCUAGCCCUGGGCAUACCAUUGUGAACAAAUCACUUGCUCAUGCAGAGCCGGCCGCUCUUCUCGUCGUUACCCAAGCCCGCAUCGCAGAUUAUCUUCUUGAUAAACCUGACGGGCUUCAUGUCUCGGAGCUAGCACGACUAUCAGGGCUGGACGAAAGCAAAUUAGGGCGCAUCCUUCGCUUGUUGGUGACAAGCCAUGUGUUUCGUGAAGUCAAACCAAACGUAUUUUCAAACAACCGAUUGAGCAUGAAGCUCUUCAGCUCUGAUCCAGUCUCAGAUACCGUCUGCCUGCAGACGGACGAGAGCCUGACAGCAUCGGCAUAUCUUAAUGAGAGUAUGACAGCCAAGGAAGGCCUGAAGAUUCCAUUCGAGCGCGCGACAGGGCUUCCCUUCUUCGAAUAUCACAAGACCCCAGAGGGAAAGGCAAAAGGUGAUCGUUUUCCCCGCGCGAUGGUUGGGUGGGGGAACGUUACGGGCAAGGGGUUACUAUCUACGGUCUAUCCCUGGGAGAAACAGCCAGCUGAUACGACCAUAUGCGAUAUCGCUGGGGGAAACGGACAUGUUACGAUGGCCUUGAUGAAGGCGCAUCCGCACCUCAAAGUCGUACUACAAGAUCAGGAACAAGUCAUUGCAAUGGGGAAGCAGUUCUGGAAUCAAGGAUAUCCAGAGGCAGUAGAAAGAGAGAGGGUGCAGUUCGUACCUUUUGAUUUCUUCCAAGAUACUGCGGUUGAGGGUUGUGAUUUCUAUUAUAUCCGCUCCAUUUUGCGAGACUGGCCAGACGAACAGAGUCUUUUAAUCCUCAGCAAUGUCCGGAGGGCUAUGAAGCCUUCAAGUAGGCUUAUUAUUCAUGAUACCGUCCUUCGACAAGCCGUGCGCACAACAUCUGCUACUCCUAGUCAGGAUGUUACAUUCCAAGACAUCGCCCCAGAACCACUUUUACCGAAUUAUGGUGCUGCCCGCUUACGGACGUACGAGCUUGAUAUGAUCAUGAUGAACCUCUUGGGGAGUGCUGCGCGGACUCUUGACGAGUUCCUAACGCUGUGUGGCACAUGCGGUUUUAAGUUUGAGAAACUUUAUGAGGCGGGAGAAACCGAUCUGAUUGAAUUCAGUCCAGUUUAG